AGUGAACUGCCACAGAAUAGAAAUUGAAGCGCGAUUCUAAACGUAAACGGAAACGGAAACGCAACGCAACGCUCGAGUGUGCAAAAUGUCAAAUUUAAAUCCAUCGAAUGCGCCACGUCGCUUGGCUCCCGGGACGGCCACACCUGUGACCAAUCGAGGUCUGGUACCAGGUCAGGCCACCAUUCCGGGUGCCGGAGCUGGUGUAUGUACCGGCAAUAGUCCAGGUGCUAGUGGCCCGGUGCCCGCGGUGCUAACGGCACGACUGACCUCCGCUAACACGGUAACCAGCACUGUAACGACCCUCGAGCAGCAUCAGCAUCAGGUGUUGCAGCACCAGGUGUCGCAGCCCACUUCCUGCCCGGACUCACCCAUUCGCCGGGUAUCCUCUAGCUUGAAAAACUCAGCUUUGGAUUUUGCCUCGCGGUUUUUCAACAAAUGCAAAGCGGCCACAUUCACGGUGGAUGGAGCCACAUAUACAAUCGUUGCCAGCACGCCAGAGAGUUUGCCCAGCAAGCGGGACGAGGCCAGCGUUGGUGCGGGCGCCACCGGCGGUAGCAGUGGUGCGGCAUCGGGCAACAGCAGCAGUGGUGCAGCGAGCGGUGCAGCCAGUGGACUAGCUGGAUCUGGUUGUGGAUCUGGAACCGGAGCCGGAGGAGCAGGUGGCAUUAGCACGCCGGGCCAAGAGGCCGCCAGUCCCACAGUUGCUGAGCUCAGUGGCAGCAGUGGGCCGAAUGCGACAAUAAAUGGUCAAGUGGCAAGACACGGAUCACUGACGAUUAUCCGACGCACAAAUAGCCGGAAUUUCAACCAGAACGACGGCCAGCAACUGGCAUCACCCUCAGCAGCCACCGCCUCCGGCACCGUGAACCCGGGCAUCAGCUUCGCCCAGACGCCGCUCAGUGAACCACUCGCGGAGCGUUUGAGCUUCCGCGCCGGUAGCAACGGACCAGCGUCCGCCGGCGAUAGUCGAUCGAGCAAUCAGGGUUCCAGCACGGGAGCAUCCGCCACCACAGCCGCCGCCGCCAAGAUGCAGCCGUCAUCGCCGAAUUCCACCAACUAUGCGGCCGACAACCUUCAGAACUCGUCGGCCAAUCUCUCGCAAAGCGAAUCCGCGGACCACACCGCCACCCACUCGCUUAAUGCCUUGACCACCGGUUCGUUCCUCCGCGGGGAUACCGACAUUCCGACCACGUCGCAGCAAUCGUACGAAACAACCUCGAAUCUAUCGUUUAAUGCCGGGCAAUGGGAAACGGAGAGUCUGCCGCCAGUCGAUACGCCAGACGCCCUUAACAAAGCGUCCUUGAGAAUACGCAGUCUUCUCCGACGCAUGGAUCACGAGACCGUUGCCUACGAGGACAUGCAACGCAAUCUGCACUAUGCGGCUCGUGUACUCGAGGCCGUCUUUAUUGACGAAUCAAGAAGCCCCACUUCAGGUAAAACAAGGUUGGGGCAGAUUGCGUCCUCAUCCGUUGAGAGCGAAGAAGAGGGCUGCAAUGGGGAUUGCAAGAACCUAAGCUGCAGUCGCCAUAGUCACGGUCGAGAUCCUGACCAGCAGCAGGACAACAACAACUCCAACAGCAGCUGUAGCCUAAAGAAAGUGGAGGAAGAGCAGAAGGGGGAGGUGGCACCUGUUGGAGCUGAGGCCACGACGGGCGACAAUCAGGCUAGCAUAGAGGGACGCACAAAGGGCGUGUCCCAAGCACCACAGACGCACAGCGGACCCACAGGGCCUCCGGCAACCACGUCCCCGUCGUCGGAUCCCAGUGCCAGCACCGCUCCCGCAGCCCCCAAAUUGCAGCCAGCUUUGGAGACCGUUAGGGAAUCCGUGCUGGAGGAGAAUUCAUCAAAAGGGGCAUCUCCUGCGCCCACCUCCGCCUCAGCAUCCGCAACACCAUCCGCAGCAGCAGCAACCACAGAUCCCAGUGCCAAGGCGGCGGAAAGUGUAACCAGUGGCGGUAGCAGUAGCAGUGGUAAUCCAGCGACCGUGCAUCGGCAACGACGCCUGCGGACACCCACCUGGGCCAGGUCCAUGUCGACGAACAAAACGCGCCUGGCGGACGAGGACGAUGAGCUGUCGGAAGUGCAGCCCGAUGCAGUGCCGCCGGAGGUGCGCGAGUGGUUGGCCUCGACCUUCACCCGCCAGAUGGCCACCAGCCGGCGCAAGAGCGACGAGAAGCCCAAGUUCCGAUCGGUGGCCCAUGCCAUCCGCGCUGGCAUCUUUGUGGACCGCAUGUACCGACGCGUCUCCAGCUCGGCCCUUACGGCCUUCCCACCGGACGUGGUCAGGAUGCUCAAGAACCUCGACGACUGGACAUUUGAUGUAUUUGCUUUGACGGAGGCAGCCAGCGGACAGGUGGUAAAGUACGUGGCUUAUGAGCUGUUCAACCGCUACGGAUCGAUCCACAAGUUCAAGAUCGCGCCGGGAAUACUAGAGGCGUUCCUGUACCGCGUGGAGGAGGGUUACUGCCGGUACCGGAAUCCGUACCACAACAAUCUGCAUGCGGUGGACGUGAUGCAGACGAUCCACUAUUGCUUGUGCAACACCGGCCUGAUGAACUGGCUGACGGACCUCGAGAUCUUUGCCUCGCUGCUGGCGGCCCUGCUGCACGACUACGAGCACACGGGCACCACCAACAACUUCCACGUGAUGUCCGGCUCGGAAACGGCACUGCUGUACAACGACCGGGCGGUGCUGGAGAAUCACCAUGCCAGCGCCAGCUUCCGGCUGCUGCGUGAGGAUGAGUAUAACAUCCUGUCGCAUUUGUCGCGCGAAGAGUUCCGCGAACUGCGCUCCCUGGUCAUCGAGAUGGUGCUUGGCACCGACAUGACCAACCACUUCCAGCAGAUGAAGGCCAUGCGGCAGCUGCUCACGAUCCAGGAGGCGACCAUCGAUAAGCAAAAGGUACUGUCUCUGGUGCUCCACUGCUGUGAUAUCUCGCAUCCGGCGAAGCAGUGGGGCGUCCAUCAGCGCUGGACGAUGCUGCUGCUGGAGGAGUUCUUCCGCCAGGGCGAUCUUGAGAAGGAGCUGGGUCUGCCCUUCAGUCCGCUCUGUGACCGUAACAACACUCUGGUGGCAGAGUCGCAGAUCUGUUUCAUCGACUUCAUUGUAGAGCCCAGCAUGGGCGUUAUGUCCGACAUGCUCGAGUACAUUCUAGCCCCCAUUGCUCCGAUCUCUAAGGGCAAGCCAGCGACCCUGGUCGAGCACGAGGCUUCUCCCUUAGCGACGACCUCCAGCACCGAAGCCAAGACUGGCGAGUUCUUAGCCCGCAAGAGCGGCAUGGUUAACAAUCCAACCAAGUUUACCAUACACAAGCCAUGGCUCUCGUGCUUGGUGGAGAACAAGAAGAUCUGGAAGGAGCAGGCCGUCAAAGAUGCCGAAGCUCGUGCACUGGCCACCGCGGCAGAGGAAGCAGCAGCCGCAGCAGCAGCGGCGGCGGAAGAGGGAGAGAACAAGCCUGUCGCGGCGGAAACGGAAGCGGGCAGUGGCGGUGGCGAUGGCGAGCAAACCGAGUCGGCGGCAGCGGUCGCGGCGGAUCCGGCAGGUGUCGCUGCAGCUGCUGGCGAAGAGGCUGCUGCCACUUAAAUUACUGAAAAUUAAGAGAAACUUGGAAACGGAAACGGAUUAGUACAGAUGAAAAACAACCGAUGGAGAAUAUUCCCAGAAAGGCAAAUAGGCAAAUGAAUAUUGUUUACUAAGCUUAGAAGCAGCAUAGAACUCUUAAUUAGUAACAAACCGCUUCAGAUGCGCUCUCUAUGUGAAUUGUGGUAGUGUUAGACUUACAUCAUCUAUAUAGGCAUAAAUAUCGAUAUAUGUUUAUGUACAAAUACUGUAUACUUUGUUGUUGCAAGCGAUAAAUAAGCACAAAAGUUUAAAGCAAAAGAAACAAACAAAAUGAAACGAGUAAAGUUCCAGUUUGUAAAUAGCGAAGGAGUUGAAUUUGUUGUGAAUUUGUUGGUUCGUUUCGAGCAUUUAUACUUAGACUUCAGUUGUACGUAUACGUAUCUGCGUGUCUUUUGUUAGUUUUUAGUGAAAUGUGGAAUUUACUAUAUAUGAUUUCUAUAAGUUUGAUGUAUUUAACUUUCUUUCCGAUUAAAUAUACAUAUUUUUGUAA